AUGCAGGGCAACAUCCAAUGGCUCCUCAAUGGUGGAUUUCGGGACAGUUCGCGCCCAUGCGAUGAUCUUCUUGUCACACCGGCAGAUGUGGUGAGUUCAGCGCUGGCACAUAUGCACUUUUGCAAGGACGAGACAGACGCCGCGGAAGAUGAGGAAGAUUUCCUGUGCGCGCGGCUGUCUCUUCUGCAGGAUUGUGGUAUUGGCCGGGGCUCCUUCUGCAUAUCUCCCACGGACAUCCUUCCUGACGACUUGGCGACGAUGCUGCUGGUCAUGUGCAUGACAGAUGCGGAGUUUGCCACGUACCGUCAACAAAGAGCAGGCGGCGCAGAUCCAGUGAUCGACCUCGGCGGCACGGAAGGCGAGGAGCUGCCAGAGACGCUGCUGGCAAAGCUCUACGGCUGCUUGUUGCGACUGGCACAGCUGCUUGAGCAGAAAUACGACACCUCUUUGGAGGAGGACCAGGGUAUGUUGCUUUCACUCGAAGAGAUAUUCUCAGAGCACCAAAGAAGGUACUCGGGGCAUCACUGCAAGUGGUUCUUCAUUACCAUGUUGCCGAAGCUGGGAAGUCGUAGCUCCUUUCCGUUGUUCCCCUCGAUCUUUGGUCCACCUCCGCCUCAUGUUUUAGAUCCACUGGAGGUCGGCAAGGCAAGCGGCUGUGGAGGUGGCAGGUUUCAGACAGAGGAGACGUCAGUCCCGGAAGGAGGGGACAUCUCAGUAGCGGACAUCAACGACGAUGACAUAGACUUUGAUGAAGAGAUCUCUUUUUUACCCGAUAGCCAGUCACAGAGAGGACGAUUGGUCCAAGCUGUCGACGAAGCCAUCUCUCGGAGCAGGUCCGCAGUUGCUGCCUGUGCUUCCAACCGGCGCAGCUUUGAGGAUGGCAGAUUCGACUUCAUUUCAAAAGGCUUUGAAGAGUUGGUCGGCUAUUCCCGCGCAGAGCUUCAGAGCAAGGUAGCCCUGGGCCAUAGUUCGGCAACUCUAUUUACACGACAGUCCGAGAAGGAGGGAGAGAUUGGACGAUACCAUCCACUGCCCGCACAACUUCCUUACGUUUGCCGCUCCGCUGAUCACCCGCUACUUCAACGCUGGGCGGGGGACGCCUUCGAGUACCAGUCCGUGGCUGUGGCAGGAAGGGGGAACAGCAGGCCCAGACAGUCGUCGGAAGCGGCAUCGAGUGGACAGCCACCCCAGCCAGAGGGGGAUGCUGCAAAUGCUCCACGGCCGCUGUCGGAGUUGACCCAGUUCCGGACAAGGCAGGGGAACUUAAUGCUGUUCGCGCCUCAGCCCAUGGACACUUGGAUCGGGAAAGAGGUUCUCGAAGACCAGAGUGCCGGGGGAUACAGAGAUGCUACCACAGGAAAACCACUCUCCAGGAAGCUCACUGCAUCUUAUAUGGCCUUCUGCAAACGACACACCAGACGAUGCCGUAUGGGGGACGUAGUGGACAAGUACCCCCGCUUGGUGGAUAAGUACCAGCCAAAGGUGUUCGCUGAAGCGCGCAUAUAUGUGGCCCGUUUUCCUGAAGAGGUGGGGGACCUGCUCAAACAGAUCAAGAAAGUCCGCAAGCAGAUCCGCAAAAUGCGGGGGAGACGACGACAGACAAGACAAACAACUCCCAGCAGCUCGGGGGAAGCCGCUGCACUGGAGACUGGUUCAGACGCUCAGGAACAGACCGUAGCAAGGCCCAGGGGGAAGAGCCAACAGAAAUGA